UCAGGUCAUGUCCAGUUUGACAAUUGCAACUUUGAGAACAGUCAGCUGCAAAUUCACGCUCCAGGAACCUGCCAGGUCAAAUUUUGCACUUUCAGCCAGUCCAGCAUCAAUUUCCACAGUGUGGCCAUCAGUCUCCUGGAAAAUUGUCAUAAUGCUGAAGAAUGACAUUCAUCAGUGCAAGACCUCAGGGAUAUUUCUGCGCCUUGGUGCAGGGGGCUUGAUUGCAGAAAACAACGUUCAUUCCAACUGUGAAGCUGGUGUGGACAUCCGGAAAGGAGCCAAUCCUCUGAUCCUGUGUAAUAGGAUCCACAGUGGCCUUCGCUCCGGCAUUGUUGUCCUUGGCAACGGAAAAGGCAUCAUCCGUAGCAAUCAAAUAUAUGGAAAUAAGGAGGCUGGCAUUUACAUUCUGUAUAAUGGAAACCCUCUGGUGAGUGGGAACCAUAUCUUCCAAGGUCUUGCUGCUGGGAUAGCUGUGAAUGAAAAUGGACGAGGUCAAAUAACAGAAAAUGUCAUCCGAGAGAACCAGUGGGGCGGUGCUGACAUUCGUCGUGGGGGUGACCCAGUCCUCAGGAGUAAUCUGAUUUGUUGUGGCUAUUCGGAUGGAGUGGUUGUUGGAGAGCGUGGCAAAGGACUCAUUGAAGGAAAUACAAUUUAUGGUAACAAGGGCUGUGGUGUCUGGGUAAUGUCCUCCAGCCUCCCUCACAUCACAAACAACCAAAUUGGGCAUAACAGCAUCUAUGGGAUUGCAGUGUUUUGUCGCAAGGAUGAUGCCAAUGACUACCUUGCUAACCAAGGGGGCAAUGAGAAUUUCAAUGAUGAGGGAGAAGCUGCCAACUGGGAGAAUGACCUUGAAAGUGAGGAUGAACGCUUGACUUCCCGGCGGCCCAUCAGUGUGGCUCUUGUGGAGUCGAACAACAUCAACCACAAUGGGGCUGCUGGUUUGUAUGUCAAGAGCAGUGAGGCCCUGAACAUAAUUGGAAAUGCCAUCCAUGCAAACUACGACUGUGGCGUGGCUGUGUUUCAGAGCUCUCAGCUCACACGGAUAGCAAACAACAGCAUCUCUUGCAACAGCCUCGGUGGUGUCCUUGUCGAACCAGAGUGCAGGGUGGAACUCCGUGGCAAUGGCAUUUAUGACAACAGCAGCCAUGGAGUCACCUCCAAGGGUGAUGGGGUCAUCACAGAGAAUGACAUCCUGGGAAACCAGGGGUGUGGCCUCAAGUUGUGCCAAUCAGCUGACAUGAAGGUCACCAAGAACAGAAUCCACUCCUUUCGAAGUUAUGGGAUUGAGAUGCUUGACCAAACCAAGGCCUUGGUGCAAGACAAUUUGAUUUUUCAAGGGAAAUCCAAAAAGACCAUCUUACAGCAGGUGUCCAGCACUGAAGGCUGUGUCCUUCAGAACAACAAGCUCCUUGCAUUCAAGAAAAGGUCUGAUGUUGCCUGGACCCUGGAGAACCCUCCAGCAAGACCUCACAUUGAAGGGUCUUCCCGUGGCAUGUCGACUUCUGGAAACAGUCAGAAAGGCUCAAACAUGACAGCUAGGAUAGCUGCCAGAGUGGAUGGGGGUUGCCAUAACAAUGGUAGCAUCUUUUGCACAAUUCUGUGAUACUUGCGCAUUUCACACGGCCUCUUUUCUAACUCAAGAGACAUAUAUAGUAACUUUCUUACCCCUCUUGGAGAAAAGGGGAUGUUUUUUAUUUGAUUUCCUAGUACAAUGGUUCCCAUCUUUGGAGAGCUGAUGGGCAUAUUUGGAAUCUCAAGAUAAAGUGGCAGCCAUGCAUAUUCUUGUCUAUUCCCAAAAUAGCUUUCAUGAGUGGAGUAGUCCAAACACUCCUAUUUCCAGGCAACAAACCAAGGAGGCUAAAAGAAAAAGUAACUUGCCCAAGAACUUAACAACAAGGAAGAGGUGGUCCUAAAAUACAAAAUAUCUCUUUUGAACCCACAGCUUUCUGUUCCAGCACCUGUUUCAGAGGAGGUGCCUUGGCCAAGAAGCUAAGUGCAAGGCAGAGGUGGAAUCUGAGUCCCAAAUGCCAAACUACCUAUUUUUCUCCACAAAACACACCAGAAUAGCAGUUAAACAGAAUGCAAAACUACUGAUACUUAGAGAUCUCAUGCAACAUCCAGAGAAAACACAGAGCAGACAAACACACCAGCUUUGCUACCCAUGCUAUGUUCCACAUCAUCCUUGCCUCUUUGGCCCCUUCCAUCUUGCUCAACUGUCGCUUAUCUCUGGAGUCAUAUUAAUAUGAAGGGAGGUGGUGCCUUUGUGACCCCAACAGCCAUUUGGCCAGUCUUUAUUCUGAUUACAGACCUCCCUUUGCUCUUUCCUUUAGUUGUCUUGGUUGCUCAGAAUUUGUUGUUCAUUGAGGGAGGUGAUUGAUGUAAUGGCUCCUGAUGUUACAGUGGAUUUUGUUUCCACUCAGCCUUGCCAAACCUACUUUCCCCAUAUGCACUUUAAAGUGGAAACAGUUGCUCCUAUGGUGUUGGCGGCAGGGAGGCUCUCCUACAUAAAAGGUUGAAAUCUCCUCAAACACAACCUUGCCUUUCCUUCUCAAUUUUCCUUUUGUUGUCAUCAGAUGCUAAGCACCUGAAGAGAUAGAUGGUGAACAAAAAGAGGUAAGUGGUAUGAUCAGAGAGGAUUUUUGUCCCUUCUGAUGAGUCAUUACCGGUGACAUACUUAGUAUGCAUUCCAUCUUUAAACUUUUUACUGACUUGCUUAAAACCCCAGUUGAUUCAAGUGCCAUAGUAAUGUUAGGUGUCCUUAUGUAUUACUGGUCUCCUUAGUAGAAACUCUGAUAUUGCUGAGAUUAAUCUUCCUUCUAGAUGUGUUUUUCCCCCCCUCUUAUAAACUAAGAAUGCAGGCCAGUUUCUAGUAAUAGAUUGCCUGAGUCAUGGCAAAAGACUUUAAAGUAGACACAAGCCAGAGUUCAGUCAUAAAUCACAAUGUCUUGAUUCUUCAGGAAAGCAGACUGAUACACCUGGGAUUCUUCAAGCUGUGAAUUGUCACAGAAGAAUAUAGCGUAUCUUGUACAGUGCAAACAGGUUUCUUGCCAGAAUACUCUGAAACUGUUAGUGACAAGUGGUGUCAAAGCAUGGCAAUGUUGGCUUUUAAAAUAAUUUACAAGAGCCAAGAAAAUGGAACUCCUGUAGAGAUAGUUAAUAGUUUCAGACAGGCUGAUCGGAAUCUGACAUGGUUUUAUGGAGUCAGAAAGUAGUCAGCUUGUUUGCCUUGCAUUUGAAAUCAUCUAAACAUCCAUUUUUUGAGACAUUUUAGUAGCAACAGUAUUUUUUAAAAAUAAUAUCUGGAUCUAUAUACAGUGCACCCACGUCAUAUGCAGGCAUAUCCAGCCUACAUAGAAGUUGUUCGCAGGGGGGUUGGUGGUGCAUGGGCUUGUGGCACACGCACCACGAUGCACCGCAGGCUCAUGCCCAAUUAUUUUCACUGGAACAUGAGUGUACACACUUUCUGGGGGGGGGGGGGGGGGCGUCCAGAACAUAUCCCCUACAUAAGGGAAGGGUCCACUGUAAUGGGUUGGUUGUCUCAUUUAAACAAGAAUCAAUCAUGUCAACAAGAUAGCUGUUGGUACUUUGGCUGCAGGUGUAAAUGGAAAAAACCAGAAAGUUGUGACUUGAAAAAUUGUUUUAUCUUUUGUGGCCUUUAAUGAAACUCUGGGUAGAAGUUGGGUAGAAAUAUCCACCGAGUCAGAGUAGGGCUAGGGUUAGUGCUUCAGCAUUUUUAAUAAAAAGAAGAACAUUUGGCCCUCCAGCCGGUUUGAACUACAACUCCAAAAAUUCAUUACUAUUGGCCAUGAUGAGUGAGGCUGUGAAAAGCACAAAUUUUGCUGAGCAACAGUGCAGGAGGCUGUGGUUCAGGUGUUCUGGAAUUUGAUGGUUAUAAAAAGAUACACAUUCAGGGAAGAGACUCAUGCAUGAUUAGGUGCAGAAGGUGGAAUUUGCCUCCAGCUCAGUCUCUUUUCACAACAUGUUCCCUGAUCUCUAUCCAAGACCAUCAAUAUACUGUGCUGUGUGUGUGGUG